UGGGACUUUAUCAGUAUAAAUAGCACUGAGGCUACCAUUGAAGAAGAUGUUGGAGAGUCUGAAAUAAAUCAGCUGAUAUAUCAGAUCACCAUAAAAAGGAGACCUCUACUGUAUGUCAUAAACAUUAUGAUACCUGUGUUUUUCUUCCUUGUGCUGGAUGUGAUCUCCAACUUCAUUGACAUAAGUGGAGCAGACAAAGUGAGCUUUAAAUUGACUUUACUGCUGUCUAUUUCUGUGAUGCUGCUGAUCCUUUACAACACACUUCCCUCUACGGCUGAAAACAUCCCUCUGAUUGCGAGUUACUGCUGUGCGGUUUUCUGUCUAAUUGGCAUUGGCAUCCUGGAGACGUGUCUUGUGAAUUUUCUGAUGGCUAGAGGAGAUGAGAAGAGAUCAGCGGAAACAACAUCUACUGUCAGUGGCCGAGAUGACGGUGAAAGAGACUUGAAUAGCCCUCCAGACUCAGUUAGAGAUCAGAAUGAAAAGUCUUCAACUGCAACUCGACCAAUCCAAUGGAAGAAGCUGUCCUGGACCAGAGUGGCAAGAAUCGUAGAUGUGACCUUCUUGGUUCUUUACAUAAUAACUAUUAUUGUGUUUCUGUCUGUGCUUUGUAACAUUUGGUUUCCAUUGUGACGUCUUAUAUAGCACACAAUAUUAACUUUUCUUCAUCAAAUCAUAGUAUAUAAUGGUGAAA